AUGGGGAAAGACUCGUACGAGUACAUGACCUUUUAUGGUGCUUCCCAUGGGAUUCGCCGUGAAGGAGUUACUACAGUGCAGUUCAACCUGGAGUACCAAGAAACACGGACCAACAUCAUGAAGUUCCUGAUAGACACUCUGUAUUUUGAGGAUGUCCCGCUUGCGGGACUGUUCAAUAUGAUCGGCACUGGCAUGUUUCUCUCCAUCAAGGAGGCACCUGUUUGGGCGACAACCGGCACUUUCUAUAUCCCACCCUUUGGGGUGUAUGGAAAGUGGUGUCGGGUAUUCUAUCAACCGAAACCGGCGAUGGUGCCAGCGUAUGUCAGUAAAGGAGCUGGUCAAUGGGAGGAGAUUGUACAAGGGAGCCGAUGGGCUCUCAUCGAUGACCAACAUAUGCGCAGGGCAGGGUGGUCAAGGCACCUGGGCAUGAUUCUCUCUAAGAGAUCGGGAGGAAGUAGUCAGGUCUAG